AUGAAGAGCGCUCCAGCGCUGCCAACCGUCGACUUCAGUCUUCUUACAAACCUCAAGGACCGUAUGGACGCAUUCACCGUCGAGUUCGACAAGUUCUUCAUUGCAGGGCGCGAACAAUUGCGAAAGGAGAAGAAUGAUUUCGCCGCAGGCAUGGCAGAGGAUAGCAGUCAGCAAAAGGCGCUGAUCCAGGCGAUUGAGAAGACAAAGAUAGAUCAGCACGAGCUCUUGGAAGUCAUGCAGAAUGAGCGCGCCGAAGUGCAGGAAGUGCGCGCUUCUAUCUCGGAAUACAGCAAGAAGCAAGAGUCUUUAUCAGGACACAAAGAGCUUCUUGAAGGACAGAUCAGCGAGGUGGAGGAGAUUCUGGCAAAGAAGCGUGCGGCAAUGCACAUCAAGAGACAAGAGUUGGCUUCACAGCACGCCAAGAAUAGGCCAGAGUUGCAAGCCUGGGAAUCACAGCUUGGGCUUCGCAUUGAAACGGCGGGUACGGAUCUUUUGCGCUUCACAUUCACGCGCGUAGAUGAGAAAGAUCCAGACAGACCAUGUCGGAUGAUUGUGGAUGUCAGCGGACCCGACUAUGAUGUGACAGAAUGCUCGCCGAGUUUGCCAGCGAUGGAGUCGAUGCUCACCGAACUCAACAGUUCCAGGGACUUCAGUGCCUUCCUCAAAGUGACUCGACAGGCUUUUAAGAGCGCUUGUAGGAUAUAG